AUGAUUUAUUUAGGAUUCUUCAUUCUUAUGGUCCUUUAUCUUCAGAAAGGAAUUCUGUCCAUGGAAAAAUGUGAGUAUGUGAAGACUAUUGCAGGAGAAUUGGGAGAAGAUAUUAAUCUGCUAAUGGAACGGUCUGGAUUCAAAGACAUCUCGUGGACUAUGGGUGGAAAACACAUUGUUACAACCAACGCGGAUGGAUCUAUUGAUAUUAAAUCUCAAAUGCUUAAAAAUAGGCUGAAGGGGAUGCCCAAUGGGUCUUUAACCAUUACUAAAUCAAUCAGUACAGACCAGGGGGUUUACAUGGCAAAUAUAUUCUUCGAGAAAAAAAAGGAAGUUAUACAAUGUUAUAAAGUCACACUUUACAGAAAAUUGUCUAACUCCGAUAUCGAGAUUCAUUACAAUGCCAGUCGAAGUGGGCCCUGCGAGGUGACUUUGACCUGUAUGGUAAAUGUACCAGACGUGACGAUUACCUGGACCUAUUAUAAUGGGGCAAAGACUGAGGAGAUGGAUCACACAACUCAAGUAAAUUAUAUGAAUAUAAAUGUUAGCCAUACCUGUACGGCAACGAAUUUGGUCAGUAGAGCUUCCAGAACCAUCAUCCCUCAGACAUUCUGUGAGACAGAAAAAAGAAACCUUUGGCAUAUUUGGAUCUCAGCGAUCCUGUGUCUUGUGAUGCUAUGUGCAGCAUGCGCAAUACUGAUAUGGUUUUACAAAAAGAGAAAAUAUCAUUCUGGAAAGAAACCAGAAAAUCCAAUAAGUGGAAAAGAGACAAGGCGUUUUCAGCCAUCGGAUGAUAAUUACUGUGAAAUAAAUAAUCUCAAGGUGUUGCACAAGAAAAAGGAGUCAGAAAUGGUUUACUCCACUGUCUCACAACCACUAAAGAAAUCUCCACUCAGUAGAAGACAAGAUGUGGAUAGAAUGGCUCCAGAAUACGACACUAUUAAAAUGUCAUAUGUUCAAGUCCUGUAACGUGGGAAAACUGGAAUCCAUCUUCAAUUCAUUUAAUCACGAACCGCUCCCAGUCUGUAAAGGUCCAUCCAUGCAAACUGUCAUCGUAGUCAUAUUGAUACUGUUAACUAGAAUGUGUCAAAUGUUUUCAUUAUUCUGUAUUUUCGAAACUUCUACACAGCGAAAAAAAAAUGUGGCCAGCUAAACCAUAUGAAAUCUAAUUCUGGACCUCCACCUUGUUCAGUUCACGGUUUGGCCCCCCAAAAAUUUUCAUUUGGUUGACAGAUCAAGAGAGGAAAAGUAACCAAUGUGAGGGAAAGAGAAA